CAUAAUUAAUAAACGUCAAUCAAUGUUAUCGUUUACGAUUUGUAUUGUAUUCUCCAUAUAUUCUCCGUAUUGUCAAUAAAUCAAAACAUACUAUUAUACAGAAUAUUACUAACUACUCUCUCUUAAAUUAGUGACUAAGAAGAUAAUGGCUGAAGGAACAAAUAAACCUAGUUCCCCCGACGUGGAGGACCCGCCAAAUAAACAAGAUGAUAUGGAUGAUGAGAUUUCUGCUCGAAUGACGGCUUCCUACAGCGAAAUAUCGUUUCACUCGGACCAGAAUGCUAGCGAACAACCAGGAAAUUCUCCUGGUCCAUCCCGGCCGUACAAUUUGCCGUCAGAGAACCGUAAACAGGAAAAAUUUCCUCUAAACAUGGAUGGUCACGUUAGGUAUGAAGGUGACAUGACACAUUAUGUAGCAGAUGAUUUAGAAUUUAAGAUAAAACUGUCUAGUCCUAUAACUAAGCGAGGUGAAACUCCAGUGUUCGGGAGUUCUAGUGCAUCUAGGUCCAGUACACCAUCAGGAAAGCUCUACAGACAAAUACUCGCCCCACAAAUUGGUCAGAUUGAUAUCACAGUGCUGAAUGAUUUAGAAUAUGAAGCUCAAAGGAUUGCUCAAUCCGUAGAUAACUUAAUAGAGAACCUGUCUAGUAUACUACAUUCCAACUCAUCAUUAACUGCUGAGAAUAUGGAAGUGUACAAAGAUGCAGUUGGGAAGACUUGUGAUGCAAUGGACAAUAAUAUCAAGAGUAUGUACACUAUCCUUGCGAAAGGGGAGGAAGUGUCGCAGGCUAUGAUCCCUGUACAGGCACAAGCUGCUAGAAUUGCUGAAAUAAAAAGACUACUACAGUUAUUUGAAAGCAUGUUUUAGGUUUUUUUUAAGUAAUCAAUAUAAUAAUCGGUUAAGGGCAGGAUAAGCAAAGUGGAGACAGGAUUCCUUAAUACAAUCGUGGAGGUCAUGGACAUCAAGCUCCAGAGAACCUACUAAAAUGAAGUAGAACAGAGUUCCUCAAAGUAGUAGAUGGUAAGGGGUUUGCAGCAAGAUUAAUUGAUAACAAGUCUGGUUAGCUUACAAGUGCAAAAUAUAUAUAAUUUCGGAAAAUUUGCUUUAGAACAUGUGACAACUUAUGAGAGAGUGGGCUCACUUAUCUGGUCAUGAUAUGAAUGAAAUAUACUAGAAAUCAAUAUAGUACUGAAUAAGAGUGAGAAUGAAAAUGACCAAAGUUAAUCAAGAAAUUGACUCAAUUUGCAACAUUUAACAAGCCCUUAUAAAUAUGGAGAGUUAUGUUAAAUUAAGAGAUUCACAGUCAUCUAGGAAACUAUAAAUGUGAGUUGGCUUAUAAGUUUGAAAAACGAAUGUAGACUGACUUAAUUUAGUCACUUAAUCACUAUCCUCAAACAGAAGAAAAUUUAUUAUAUUUAAUGCCUAAUGUUACAUUACACAGAUAAGCUAAUUUAAACUAUUAUUUGUUAAUAAAAAAUAUAUCAUUAUUUAAAUUUUUAA